AUCUAUGWUUGUCUCURRUCGUAUAAAAACAUUGACAARAUAAAAACAAACGGGUUUUUCACAUUGAGYGCCUGGAACURUUAAAAWUUCGCAAAAAUUAAGCGCCCCAAUAUAUAAAUCAGUUGAAAUAUCUGUCAGUGUGCAAAUAGCAGUCGUGUUGGCGUGCCAAAGUGAAAAUUAGUGUUUGAGGUUAUCCGGCCGUUUGUGCUCUUGUCAUGGCGGAGCCCACCAAGGUGAUAACCGAAAUCUUCGGCCCCUUUCAAGACUCCAUUAAUGCCGAGCAAGACAUUCGAGAGUUGAUUCGCUCCAUUAUGAAGGACGUUGAAAAGUCCCUUAGGGAGACGGUGAUUGCGAUGCAGGUGAUCCAUAGCGAAGUCAACUGCGAAUAUAUUCAUCAUUCGCUCCUGAAGGCUCGCUCCUUGUUUGAGGAGGUGCAGAAGGGCUUCGAUGAGCUCGACAAAACUGUGCCGCCAGGCCAAUACUACAGAUACAACGAUCAUUGGCGCUUCUCUACCCAAAGGCUGUGCUUCCUCGCAGCCCUAAUUGUGUUCUUGGAAAAGGGCUUCCUCAUCGAUCAAGUGACUGCGGCGCAAAUGCUGGGAUUACACGACAAGGAGAACAUUCACUUGGACUUGGAGGAUUAUUUGCAUGGGCUUCUCAACUUGGCGUCUGAAUUGGCCCGUUUUGCCGUAAAUUCCGUCACCUUGGGGGAUUACAGCAGGCCUUUGCAAAUCUCCAAGUUCGUCGCCGAGCUGAACGCAGGCUUUCGACUUCUCAAUCUCAAAAACGACUCGCUCAGGAAGCGCUUCGACGCUCUCAAAUACGAUGUUAAGAAAAUUGAGGAGGUCGUCUAUGAUAUAUCUAUUAGAGGCCUGACGCCCAAAGCCUCCGCUGAGGACGCUGCCGAUUAACAAUAGUGAAUAGCACCUAUAAUAGUUUUUUGUUUUCUAUAAGACCUUUAAGAUCUAAGUUUGUGCGUUCGAUCGCUGGCGCAACUGCCUACACACUCUGCACCUGAAUUUCGCCUGCGGCGGGCCGUCAAUAUGGACCUGAUCCUCAUCGCGAUUAUAGUGCUCCAAGCAGGGUAGAUGAGUUUGCAAUUCCUCGUCAUUUUUCAGCUCUUCAGGCAGAUAAUUCCAUAUUUGGUACAGUCUGACGCCCGAUAGUCUCAGCAGGUCGCCCUUAAAAUUAAACGAAUACAUUGAAUGAAUUUCUGUUUUGAAUAUCAUCUGAUAAUGCAAUUGACUCAGUCGCUAUCUUAUUGAGUGCGAACAAGGUGGGGCGAAUGCGAUAAUGUAAAAUCCUUUGCUGUUUGUAACUUAUUAAAUUACUUCUUACCUU